AUGAGCCGCUUUUUUGGGAAGGUGCACGCUGCGCCGGAUGCGGACGCAGAUCUCGACCGCGCAGCAGAUAUGCCCGUGGGAAACAUGCGUUCUGCGAAGCGUCGCACGCGUGAUAAGGCGAGCGGUGCGUCCGUGAGCAGCAGCACGCGCGGCCCCCCACCAAGUUUGUCCAGCCGCUCGCACGCACGUCCCGGCACUUCGCGGCACUUGGAUAGGAUUCAGGACGUGGAUGCAAAUGAGCAUGAAAAUAUGGAGAAUGUGCAGGCAUGGGCGGCGCAGAAUCAGCAGAAAAAGGAUCGACGGGUCGCCUCGAGCGAAACGCAGCGUCCGCACGUACGCAACACGCGGGUGCCGAGCGCAACGCACGAUGCAGGCUCUGCGCGCGGCAGCACAAAAAUGCACCGGUAUGAUGCCUCGAGUGUGCGAGCAGUUCCAAGCUCGCGUGCUUUGCGGACGCAGCAUGGCGCGGAAAACAUUGCAAUGCGCGAAGAGGUCUUGCCCGAAAGCUUGACGAAAAAUUAUGAGCGCAUAGCCAACUGGCGUGAAAGCAAUGCACAGCUGACGGUGUCAUCGGAUACGACGCCUGCGCUGCGCAAAUCCGCGAGCUGGCUGAGCCAGGGUGGUCUCUCUGUCCCCAACGCGCGCGGACGCGCGCCGGACGCUGCGAGCGUAGCGAGCUCGCGUCGGUAUGCGCGCACGCAAGAAGAAAGCGCACCUCCUAAGGUUGUAUCUCGCGUCCGCGAGGGUCCCAGCGCUUCGUACAAUGCAGACUCGCCGAUCCGCGACGUGUUGCGCUGGAUGGCGCAAGAAGAAAUGCAACAGUGGGUAAUCCCGCUUGGACUCGGUGCCUCAUUGCUUGUGCGUUGCAUGGUUGCAUUGGGCGGGUUCAGCGGACGUGGCACGUCGCCGAUGCAUGGCGACUUUGAGGCACAGCGACACUGGAUCGAGAUGACUUUGCACGUGCCAACCGUGCAAUGGUACCGGUAUGACUUGCCCUACUGGGGUCUCGACUAUCCCCCGCUCACUGCGUGGGUCAGUCUUGUGUGUGGCUACGUGGCCUCGUUCUUCCCUUUACUGCGCACGAGUUUUGCGUUAUACACGUCGCGCGGGAACGAUUCGACGGCGCUCGUGCUGUAUAUGCGCAUCUCUGUGCUGGCCCUCGAAGCGCUUAUUUACAUCCCUGCCGUAUUCUACUUUUUGGAGCGCCGUUUAGAAGGGCGCAGUGUGCGUGCAAGACACGUAGCGCUGUUCUCUGUGCUUUUACAGCCAGCACUCAUCCUCAUUGAUCACGGUCACUUUCAGUACAAUGCGGUGAUGCUCGGUUUCUCAGCGGCGUGUUUUGCUCUACUCUGCUCAAAGCUGCCCAACGUCAAUGUUCGUGCUGGGAUUCGGCCCGGUGCAGACACGCACGGCGCCGCGGGAUUGCAGCGGAUGCUGCUCCAUUCGCUGAGUCGCCAGAUCAGCUACGAGUACGUGAUCGCAGCGAUAUUCUUUAGCUUGUCGUUGUGCUUCAAGCAAAUGGCGCUUUACUUUUCCCCUGCCAUCUUUGCGGUGAUGCUUGGCCGCUGUGUUGGGCUUGCAAGGCAGGACGUGCGCCGUGGUGCUUGGCUCUUUCUGGGGCUCGCGGUGGGAACCUCAAUCACCUUUUUGCUUGUGUUUUUCCCUUGGAUUGGGUCGCGUGCAUUGCUGCAGCAGUGCAUCCACCGCAUCUUUCCGUUGGCGCGCGGCGUGUUUGAGGACAAGGUCGCAAAUGUGUGGUGCUUUAUGAACGUGCUUCCUUUGGGCGCAUUUAAGCUCAAGCAUCUCUUUUCCACUAUGGCGCUCGCAAAGCUGAGCCUUGUGGCUACCUUGUUGGCCAUCCUGCCGGGCAGCAUUUUGCUUUUCCGCGCUGGCGCCGAAACGGCGCGCCUCGAAACGAUUCUCGACGAUGCGCAGGCCGAGCAGGUCGUCGCAACGGUGCGCCGACAUGCGGGCUCGAUUGCGUCUGGUCGCGAUCGGUCCGUCGCGGGAUCGCAGCGCUUUGCGCCGAGCAUUGCCGCACCGAGCAUUACCGGCUCCGCGCACGAAUCGAGCCGCGGCUCGGAUCGCCGUAGCAUCGCGAGUGGAUCCAUCUUUGCGGGGAGCCAAAGCACCUGGAUGGCUGGUUCCAUCGCGAAGCGUCCCGCGAGGCGGCGUGUUGUGAGCGCACCCCAGCGUCCCAUUUCCUCUUCACCAUCCCCUGCAGCAAGCUUACUGCCAUAUACCCUUGUGUCCACAUCGCUGGCUUUCUUUUUGCUCGGUUUCCAGACGCACGAAAAGAGCAUUCUUCUCCCUUUGCUCCCACUCACGCUGCUCCUUACUACCAAAGGCGACCGCACAGGCGCCGGUGCAGCGGCUGCGGACUGGGAAUGGGCGGUACUGGCCAACAAUGUCGGCGUGUUUGGCAUGUGGCCUUUGUUACUACGCGAUGGACAGGGUAUGCAGGCGUUGGUGUUGACAAUUGCGUGGAAUGCCAUGGUGGGGUACAGCCCUUUCGCCGAGCUCACGACGAAGCGCAAGUCGUUUGUCGCGUGGUUCAGUGCGUGCGUGCACGGCGCAAUUCUUGUGUUGCUGCUUGCGCAACUGUUUACGCAGCACAGUGCGCUCUUGCAGCGCUACCCUGAUUUGUUCCCUGUGUUGAAUGUCUUGCUCGUCACCCCUGUCCUUGCACAAAUCUGGCUCUGGUCCAUGAAGAAGCAGGUGGAAGUCGCGCUAGCCACAGGGCUCAUUGCGCACAACAUUGCAGCACCGAAAACAGUCAAGAAAUAG